AUGCGUGUUAACAAGGAAAAAAUGCCGCCAGAGCAUUUGAGAAGGACGAUGAACGUACUAAAAAGCACAUGCCCUGCAUCGAUGGGUGCAAUGAGGUACUUGCCUUAUGCACUUCACAAUCUUUUGAGAUCGAUGCCUAUGCCAUGGGAGCCCCUCAGGUAUGUGUCUGUGCUGUACCAUGUGUCCGGAGUAAUUACGUUUGUUACGGAGAAGCGAAGGGCUGAUGCACAUGAGUACCGACAGAUGUGGAGCAUGGCAAGCACAAGAUGUUCUGAGGAGUCUAAGAAGCGCGGAGGAAUCCGUGUUCUGAGCUAUCCUGUGUUUGACGAUGAGCAGGAAAUCAUGAGCUAUGGGAGUAUUAUUGGGAUGCCGAUUCCAAAAGGUGUGGAAUGCUUAGAAGCAACUGAAAGUGUUUUUUGUGAGCAAGGACAGAGAUAUCUGUUUAACAGCAAGUCGUUUGCUGUUGCAAGGAAAGUUGGUGUUUGGAUCGAGGGAGGGCCGCAUGUUAGCAAAAAGCAGCAAGAUGUUAUGAUUAUGGGAAGAACUCCCGGAUUGGAGAGAGUAGCAUAUCCGUAUGUGUACAACAAGCAUGCCAGGCUGCCUUGCAUGGAAAGAUUGCAUAUGAAGAUUGAGUGUGGCUUGAAUGCUAGAGAAGCAUUGCAUUGUGAUUUGUCGACGAGCCUGCAUGGAAGAGUUUCUGAAGCACAUUUAUCUGGCUCAGGCGGUCAUGCGUACUCGAUUCGGCCAGGAACGAAAAGCAGGCAUCCUGUUGACAUUCCUUUGAUGAAAGGCAUUUGCUUUCGUGAGGGUGCGGAUGGAAAGCCAAGUGUAAAGGCUAUUAUGAAGGGAUAUGCAAAGUGCAUGGAAAGGAAGCCGCAGAGCAGAAAGUGCCCGACAAAUGUAUUGAAGGGGCUGAGAAGCACAAGAUACUUCCAAAAAACAGAGAUUGAUUGGAUGGAAGCAGGUCUACAGGUGCUUAGCCAAGGGCACAUGAUGCUCAGCGAGAUUUUGAAGAGGAAGAAGCUGAGCUACCUGUUUCUUGAUUGGAACUUCAACUUGAGGCCUGUACGCACACUCACUACGAAGGAAAGGAAGAGGUCGAGAGUUGGGAUGUCGUAUCACCUGUUGAGAGAGAUGCUGAAGUUUGUGAAGCAUGUUGUUGACCUGCAUGUUGUGUUUAGACAGGGAUUGAUUGAUUGCUAUGAGCUGGCGAAGAAUGUGGAGUAUGUACUGUGCAAUGCAGGGAUACUUACUGGGAUGUAUCGGUAUAAGUAUAGGAUUAUGCGGCAGAUAAAGCGAAGCAAGGAGAUGCAUGAUGUUGCGGAGUAUGCAGGAGUGUGCAGUUGGGCUGAGCAAUGGAGGACGUGGUGCUUUAUGCUGCGAGGGCACAUUCCGCUGCUUGAAAGAUGUGUGUGUGGAUUAAUAAGGAGGAUAGCCGAAGGAAGGGAGUAUAGAGCGAAGCCGUUGUCGAAGCAAAGAAGCGAGAGUGGAUAUGAUGUGUCGUUGAAGAGAAGGAUAGUUGGAGAGGUGUCGUGCAUUUUGCAUCCUGAGCAGAUAAAGAAGCUUCUGCAGCAUUUUGGGGAGGCAUGGAGAUGCUGGAAGGCGAGUGUGCCGUACCACCUUGUGCAUGAACAUGUGAAGGAGCUGGAGAUGAGAUGCGAGAGGAAGGAGGCAGAAUCUGGUAGAGAAAGCCUGAGGAGGAUUGAUGAGGUGAGCUGUAUGGAUAUGAGGAGUGGGGUCGAUGAAGUUUGUGUUGAGGAUUGCUCAGAAUCAAAGGCAGGAGUGCUGGUAUCGAGACGAAAUACAGGCAGUACAAGUGUGGAUGAUGAUAUGGUUGUGUUUUCUGAGGGAUUCAUAGAAGAGCUGAGUGUGCGAGGAGAGGCAGCAGGAAUGAAGCAUCGGAAAGAGAUAUUUGAGCUGCAAGGAGUGAUUGAGAAGUAUAUUCGAUUGAAGGCGGAGUGGUAUGUUGAAAGCACGGUGAGCGAUGUGAACGAUGGAAAGAAAGAGGAAAAGAAGCGCCUUGGACGUGUUUCUAGGUUGUACAUGAAGGAGCAGAUUGUAGAGCAAGCGGAGUAUCUGAAGAGUCCUUGCUUAAAGCCGGCUGAUGCGGUUGCAGUGUACAGGCUUGCAGCAGAGUAUUUCAAGAGCAAAGUGGCCGGAAAGAUAGGGUUUCCUGAGAGGAACGAGGAGAAUUUUCUGAGAAUAGCGAUUGACAAGGUCAAAAGCAAUGCAACAGCAGAGGAGGUUGAUUUUUUUGACUCAAUGCUCGACAGUGCUGAGGAGACGGUGUUUAAGAUCAAGAGGGCGCUGAUAACGCAAAGAUCGUUCAAGGAGGUUGAGGUUGAACUGAGGAAGCAUGGGAAAGGAGCGAUUGAAUGCUACGAAGUGUCUCCUGGCGAGAGACUGACGGAUGCGUUUCUGUGUGCAUAUUUGUUCUAUGAGGCAGAAAGGCUUGGGAUGUUUCCAGACUUUAUCAAGCCUGGCGAUGAGCUGGACAUGAAAUGCCUGAUGGACUUUUGCAAUGAGAUUGGGCAGAUUGAUGCAAAAGGCAAGAUUGUGGUGCUGUAUGAGGGAAGAUAUAAGGAGGUGAUGAGGAAAGUAGACAACAAUCUUCUGUCGAAGCUUUUGAAGCUUGUGAUUGACCCGGUGCUAGUGGACUAUAUGAUCAGUAGGAACAACUGCAGGAUAUGCUAUAAGGACAUGUCGUAUACAAACCAUGUUGGAUAUAUUAGCGGGUUUCAAUUUUCUGCAUUUGUGCAUAAGUUUUAUAUGUUUGUGAUUGAUCUGUGUGUUCUGGGAGAGGACAUUGUGCAGCCUCGAAGGGGGAUGAUCAAGAAGUACCUGAGAUGGAUGGAUGAGAUAUAUGCUAUACUUGAGAUGGAUGAGGGGGAUGUUAGCAUGUUGAUUGACGAGUAUGGAGAGGAGGCAGAGAUUGAGGUUGAGAGCAUGCAAAAGAACUACUUUGAUGAGUGCAAAGGAAUUGAGAGCAAGACGAACACGGCGAUUAGUGGGUAUGUGCAUGCAGAGAUGGCUACUAGAAUGCAUCCGUCGCUUGGAAGAAUAGCUUUUAGAAGAUGCAGUGUGUUUCCUGUUGUACGAUUGAGUAUGCUUGGCGUUGAUGUGCUUAUUUCUGAGACGAGAGUUGAUGGAAAAGGGUCGUGGAAGUUGUCGAAUGGAAAGUAUGCGAACUUGGCAGUUAGUGAGGAGAGUGUGGAGGACUUUGAGGGUGGGAUCAGGCACUUGGUAGGCACGAGUGGAUCAGCAACGUUUUUGAAGGUGGCCAAAAGAUGGAACACGCUGAUAAUAGGAUUUGUGAUGCAUUUCAGGGAGUGUAUAUAUGGGCGGCGAGGGCUUGAGGAGAAGCUGAUGAGGGCAGAGGAGCAGAUCAGAAAUGUUGUCAAGCGAGGGAUGAACAGCAAGAUGCCGGUGAGGUUUCCGGCAGUGAUGUUUUAUUCACCGAAGGAGAUGGGGGGCCUUGGGAUGAUAAGUGCUGGGGGAGUUGCUACUUCAUGUAAGGAGGCGCCUGCAGCAGUUAUUCCUGGAAUAAUGCAAUAUGUGAAGAGAUGGGAGGAUGAGUUUGAGGAAUCGGAUGCAGCAUGGAUGGAGUAUGCAAGUACAGGAAAGAUAGAUGCGAGCAAGGGGAUUCCUAGGAUGGGCACUUUGCUGCAGAAGAGCAAGGUGCUUUUGUAUGACCGGGGAUUUAGGAUGUGGAAUGUGUUUAAGAGACAUUUCUGCACAAAGCCGGAUUGGUUUUGGUUUACGGAUGCAAGGCAUGAUGGAAGGCUGUGGGAUAUUGAGAAGUAUCCACAGGAUGUUUUACAGGCAAUGGGAGGAGUAGAGGAAGUGAUGAAGCAUACGCUGUUUGGAGCGACGCAUUUCCGGCAUUUUAGUAAAGUGUUUUGGGAAGAAACGGUGAUAGAUGGAAACAGAAGGAUGACGAAGGCACAGAAGCUUGGGCUGAAUCAAGUUCCCAACAAAAGGUUUAUGCUAUGGUGGUCACCUACGAUAAAUAGGGGAGAUGUAUAUGUUGGAUAUCAGGUGCAGCUUGAGCAAACAGGGAUUUUUAUGCAUGGAAAGCUGCCUACGUUGAAGAUGUCGUUUGUGCAGAUUUUUCGGAAUGGCCUGUGGAAGCGAAUCCAUGAAAGCAUUGUGUGUGAUGUGAUUGAUGUGUUUAGGAAGCACUGUGGAGCCAAGCGGAUCCAAGGACAUGCAAAGAAAAGCUACCGUGCUGGGAGUAGCAGUGCAGAUGUUUUGCUUGAGGGGGAAUUUUGUGUUUUGGAUGCUUUGUCUAUAUCUGAGCUUAUGAGUGAGAGAAGUACCAGGCCUGAAGAGUUGAAGAAUGUAGAUGGGCUUUGGAUAGAUGUGCAGCUGAGAUGGGGAGACUAUGAACGGAAUGAUUGCCACAAGUAUGCGAAGAGCAGGUUUGUUGAGGGAAUGAAUGAUCCACUGGCAAAGUACCCUGGAGAGUAUGGGAUGGUGGCGGUGGUUGAUUUGUGCUACAAUACGUGGAGUGUAUAUGGGCAUAUGAAUGAAGAGCUGGUGAUUGUUCUGAGGAGUAUGUUUGCAGUGAUAAUUGAGAAGAAUUCGAUGCUGCUUGUGCUGAGGGAGCGGAUCAGGAAGGCGUUGCAGCUAUACACAUCUGAUGUUGAGGUUGUGCAUAGCAGCGGGGAUCUUUUCAGCUCAGGAAUGAUUGUUGACAGCAGAUAUCUGGGAAGGAAGCAAAGAGCAGUGUUUGCAUUUGAUCCAGGCAGUGGGAAUUUGUAUUUCAAGAGCUAUUGCUCGAAUGGCAAGAAGAUACGGGAGGCGAAGCAGCUUGCAGCAAGAGAUGUGGUUUUGCUUGUACACGAUCUCAGCAAGAAAAGCGUGUCUGUUACGGAUGAUAUGAUUGAUGUAAUUGAGAAUGUGAUUGUGGAUUAUCCGUCGGUUGUUGUAAGGUCUCUACGGUCUGGAAUUCCGUUUUCGAAUGUAAUGAUGCUUGGGUGUGCUGAUGCCAGCGACAGGAUGCAGAGUGUUAAGCUGUACGGAGGAUGGAAUGAAACAAGUAGCUUUACGAACUUUUGUAGAUUGCUGCUUGUGAUGCAAGCAUUGGAGAUUGAUGAUAAGAAGGUGGUGGGAACGGGAAUAAACAGGAUGUGGCCGAUGCUUACAGACAGGGAAUGGAUUGAGUGUGAAGUAAGGUUGAAGGAUUUGAUUGUUGAAAGGCAUUGUGAUAUGUAUGGAGUUGAUUCGAAAAGCCUGACGGCUGGAGAGGUACGGGAUAUUGUGUUUGGGAUUGGCGUAGAUGGGGUCAAUGGAGGGGCUAGCACGAAGGUUGAUAUGGAAGCAGUGAGAGGAGUAGGGCUGAGCGCCAGCAUGAAGGAUAGCGCAAAUGGCGUGAUUUUUUUUGGAGAAGGAAAUGGAUGGAGAAGGCAUUAUCUACGUUUUGAGGAGGAAAUGAAGAAAAGACGAGAUUUGAAUAGCGGAUGGAAGAUUGGCAAGACGGCGGAGGAUGCGAGUGGUAAUGAAGGAGAUGAAGGAUGCUAUAGCGUAGAUGAUGAGAGGCUUUCAAUGAACUUGAUUGAAGAGUUUGCUGAGCUAAUGGAUCCAUAUGUGCCUAUGUUUGCUUUGGUUGUGAUGAUUGAAGGAAGAGUGUCGUUUGGGCUGAUUCCGCAGUUCUUGUCAUCUGAUGAGAUAUGCUCUGUGAAGUAUGUUCCCGAGUGUAUUAUUCUAGGGAUUGUUGUGAAUAGAAGAAAGAAAGAAGAAGUGGAGAGGAUGGUUGAAAGGUAUGGCAUUAGGGAUCCGUUGGUGAUAUUUGUCGGUGCAGAGGUUAAGGUGGAGAGAUGGAGCCAAGGAGAGUGGAAGGAAAGGCGGGUUAAGCUGGUAGAGCAGAUCGGAGUGUUUUAUGCACCUGAGAUGUGGAACUAUAACUUCUGCCGGCAUCUUUACGAUGAUGGACUGAAGUAUGAGUGGAGGAUGAGGACGCCGAGUGAGUUUUAUGAUGGGUUUUCACGAGCUGGGCACUUUUGCAGGUUUUGGAAGGAGCCUGAAGCGGGAGCUGAUGCAGAGGAAGGAUGCAAUUAA